CUCUUCCGGCCCACCCCGUGGCGGCGCCCCUGGAUCUCGCGCGCAGACGGCGGAAGGAGGAUAAAUCCAGGUUCGGACUCGCAGGCGGUGUCAGUCCGGGGGGGACAGAGAGGAGGGGAGGAGUGCGAGCCGGAGAAACGGCGGAGGAGCUUUCCAUCGACACCAGGAGUUUACACAUGAAGGUUUGCUGGUUUUUGAAGUUUUGACGUGAGAAGCAACAACCCACGCGGGCGGUGAUUUUCCUCCCGACCCGAUGAGAACCCCGCGCGCGCGCUCUCGGCCAGGGACGGAGGAUCCAAAGUUGUUGGAGGUGUCAUUAGCUGGUGCUAAGGAUGUUUUUGUUAUAUCACCAGGCGUGGAGGUAGUCCUACAUCAUCUGUGAAUUGUUCCCCCUCUGAACCUGGGAGUGGCGAUGGUCCACUGGACCACAGUGUGGGGGACAUGCAUCCGGCUCCAGACUCUGCUGGCCUUUGCCUUGGCCAACUGUCCCUCACAGACCCCCAGCCCGCUCAACUUCUCCGUCGUUUACACCAUGCCCUUCUUUCAGGCACAGGGACCCAUCCAGAACAUAGUGAACAACUCAAUUUACCAGGAAGUCUACGUGGCCUCACGGAAUGUCAUCGAAGCCGUCAACAGGAGUCUGGAAAAGGCCUGGGAGCUCCGCACUGGGCCGGUUGGAAGCCCAGAGUGUCGCAUAUGCAACUUAUGCGAUAUCGAUAAGGAUUACAACUUUCUGGAGGACACGGACAAUCAAGUGUUGUUGCUGGACACUCCUUUUAUGUAUUUAUAUUCCUGUGGAAGCUCUCAGUAUGGUGUUUGCUAUUUUCACGAGCUGAACUCAAAUGGAGGACUACCUUCUCGCUCUAAGUGUUUGUUCAGGAAGAGUGCAAACUCUGCUGCUUAUUGUCCAGACUGCGUGGCGAGCCCUCUGGGUACCAAAGUCUCAAUGGUAGAGGAGGGUCAGGCAGUCUACUUUUUUGUUGCUGCCUCCAUCAAUGAUAGCGUUACCCAACGUUAUGGAAGGAAGUCGAUAUCAGUUCGCAGACCACUGGCCACAGAGGAUGGUUUCUAUAGUGAUGUGCGAGGCCUUACUGUCCUGCCUACCCUCCGGAGGACUUACCAUAUUGACUAUGUCUACAGCUUCUUCACUCAGGAGUUUGUCUACUUCCUCUCGGUCCAAAGAGAGAGCCCAGAUCAGGAGUCAUCUCCAUUUCAGACUCGUCUGGGACGUCUGCCCCGAAGCGAGUGGGAGGUGAAGAGGUAUCGUGAACUGAUCCUGGAGUGUCGCUUUGAGCCUAAGCGUAGGAGGAGGAACGUUCGCGAGCCCUACAAGGACGUCGUGUACAACGUGGUCCAGGCGGCGUAUUUCGGCAAGGCGGGCAGGGAGCUGGCGGAGGAACUGGGGGCGGAGGAGGAGGACGACAUCCUCUAUGGGGUGUUUGCUGUGACUGAUGACAAUGGGGUCACGGAGAACGACUCGGCUCUGUGCGCCUUUCCUAUGGACAGUGUGAACAAGGCAAUCGUUGACGGCGUUGAUGAUUGCUGUCAGUCUGGGCCAGAGCAACUCUCCAGAGGGCUUUGCCACUUCCAGCCAUGUGAAAGCUGUCCACACGAGAGCAUGGAGAACAACGCCACGUGCAACGACCAUCCCACCAUGGUGUCAAAGCCGUACUACAGAGUGGACCUCUUCAACAGGAAGAUGACCAACGUCCUGCUCACCUCUCUCCUGGUGACGACCAUAGAGAACAAAACCGUUGCUCACAUUGGCACCUCAACUGGACGUCUGCUUCAGCUUGUGUUGACAAGAUCCAGCCCAGACAUGUUUGCCAAUUACUCCUUGGUCGAGAAUCAGAGGGUGUCUUCUAUUGCUGCUGUUUACUCCUCGGAGUAUCUGCUAUUUGUAGUUGGAGACAAGAUGAUUCAGGUGCCCCAGAGGGGGCCCGGCUGCCAGCACUUCGUGACCUGCGUCACAUGCCUGACGGCCCCGAAGUUCAUGGGCUGCGGUUGGUGCUCUGGAGUGUGUUCGUGGAAGAGCGAGUGCCACAGCCGCUGGAGGAAUGAAUCCUGUCCGCCCGGGAUCAGUGGGUUUUUUCCAAGGACUGCUCCCCCUGAUGGACAAACGGAGCUUACGGUGUGCGGAUGGGAGUUUCAGUCGCCGCUUCGACCUGCUAUCACCUCCAAGACCCACCAGGUCCGACUGGGACAGACCGCCUGCACUGUGAUUCCACUCAAAAGCAACAACACGCAUUUAGUAUGUAAGAUUCGCUCUGGGACCUCCGAGCUGUUCAAGCCGGUCAACAUUACAGUGGAUGUGCACGAGGGCAGGGUGGAGGGCCGCUACUCUAUUGAUGGCAAGGCUGAAGUACCAGGGUUCACGUUUGUGGUUCCAAACGUCACAGAAAUCCAGCCUAACUACGGACCGCGGGUCGGAGGAACACUCAUCACGAUCACUGGGUUCCACUUAGAUGCUGGAAAAAACAGAAGAGUCACUCUGAAUGAAGUACCCUGCCAUAUGAGAAGGUCCAAAUCAGUAGCCAAUGUUUCGUCCAUCAUCUGCUUGUCCCAGGCCAUCUCGGAGGUGAGGGAUGUCCCGCUGAGCGUUUUCAUCGACAAAUCUCCAGUCCACACCACAAAGGUGUUUUACUACAAGGAAACUCCGAAGAUCACGGCCGUGCUGCCCGCCUGCAGCUUUCACAGAGGUUCAAAGAUCGUGAUCGAAGGGGAGAACCUCGACUCGGUUUACCGCACCGUAAUCCGCUUUAAGCCCAACGAGAGCCACCUCAGAGCAGUAACAACGGAGUGCAUUGGGAAGUCCCUGCCCACUCAGAUGGAAUGCGUCACUCCGGUGUUCCAGAGGGAUGAGAGCGAGGAGGGCCUGCUGUCGUUUGACAUGGACGGCGCCCCGGGCCUUUGGAACAAAGAGUUCUCCUAUCAUCCCUACGGAGAACCCAUUCCUUUUGAAACAGAGGGACAUGUGCUCAGUUUGUAUCCUGGGUUUGACGAAGUGUCCCUUCAUCAUAAGAAACUGAACCUGGUGAGCUCCUGCAUGACCAUCAUCAUGACGGUGGCCGAUGUCGACUGCGAUGCCAAAGUCCUGGAUAAUGAGAUAACCUGCAGGAUCCCUAAAAACAUCACCAUUCCCAGCGAGGGACUUCCAGUGAAGAUCUCCAUCAACGGCCAGGUUCAUAAUGUUGGCACGGUGGUGAGGGUCAACAAUCACUACAUGGUGGGAGUAGUUCUGGGAAUUCUGGCGGCUCUGGUGGCCGGGGCCGUGCUGGCCUUUGUUGUGAUGAAACAUUUGAGAAAGAAAAAGAAAGCCUCAAUGAUAGAAGCCCGUUUGUCCCACUCUGCCACUCGCUCUGUGACCAACACUGUGGAAAUGUCUCCCACGGGAGACUACAGGAGAGUCGUUUCCCUGAGCCCCCCGACCCCUUUGAUUGGGCCGGUGGUGUUUCGGGGCCUGGCCUACUCCGCCUGCAACAGAGAUCCGACCCUCACCCCACUCAUGCAGACAGAGAAGAUCUCCAUCUCCAGCUUCAGACCUGAGCUGCUGGAGGAGGUGAAGGACGUUCUCAUUCCUGCUGAGAUGCUGAUAGUGCAGCACCACCGCAUCAUCGGGAAGGGUCAUUUUGGAACUGUCUACCAUGGUUACUUAUCAGACUCCAACAACAGAGAAACUCACUGCGCUGUCAAGUCUUUGAAUAGAAUAACGGAUGUGGAAGAGGUGGAGCAGUUCCUGAAAGAGGGCAUCAUAAUGAAGGGUUUCCACCACACCAACGUCCUGUCUCUGCUGGGCAUCUUCCUGCCGCAGGAAGGGCUCCCCCUGGUGGUGCUUCCGUAUAUGAAACACGGAGACCUACGGCACUUCAUACGCUGCGAGAAGAGGAACCCGACUGUAAAGGAUCUCAUCGGAUUUGGGCUGCAGGUCGCCAAGGGGAUGGAGUAUUUGGCAACCAAGAAGUUUGUCCACAGAGAUCUUGCUGCGCGCAACUGCAUGUUGGAUGAGUCGUACACGGUGAAGGUGGCGGACUUUGGCAUGGCCAGAGACGUUUUCGAUAAGGAAUACUACAGCGUACAGGAUCACAAGAAGGCUAAGCUGCCCGUCAAAUGGAUGGCCAUCGAGAGUUUGCAGACGCAGAAAUUCACCACCAAGUCAGACGUGUGGUCCUUUGGUGUUCUGAUGUGGGAAAUGCUGACCAGAGGAGCGAGCCCCUACCCAGAGGUGGACCCUUAUGACAUAACGCAUUACUUACUGAAAGGCAGGAGGCUUCCCCAGCCACAGUACUGCCCUGACCCACUAUAUCGCAUCAUGCUGCAGUGCUGGGAUCCUGAUCCGGAGCUCAGGCCCAGCUUCGCCAUUCUGGUUUUGGCCGUCUCCACCAUCCUGUCAAGCCUGGAGGGAGAGCAUUACAUCAGCCUGAACGUCGCCUACGUGAACCUGGACCAGCCGCGGCCGUACCCCGCUCUCACAGACUCCCCCGAUGAGUAUGACUCCACAGACGAGUCUGAAGACUCCGGCUCAGACUCGGACUCUUCCUGAUGCAGGAAACAAACAAACAAACAAACCAAACAAGCCACUCUCCUCUGACACAUUUGUGUGUUUUAUGUCAAAGCAGGAAAAACAAAGUACCUUCUUACUGUCUGAGGACAUGAAUGUGAUAAUAAGAGACUGCAGG